GUGCCUCCCUUUCACUUUGUGUAAGUGAACUUAAAUUUGGCUUCUUGGAUUCUUUCUUCCAGCCUUCCUUCUGCUUCUUCCCCCAACCCAACUGCUGCAUCUGAAGAGGGAAAGAGGAGGAGAAAUCAUUAUCCUCUGUGCAAGUCAGGCACACAACAAAUAAAGUCUCACCAGAUCUACAGUGCAGCAGAGAAAGAAGCACAUUUGGUGUUCCUCUGGAAGCCCUCAUACAGGAUGCAACGCAAUGUGGAGUUCCUUUUCUUGUAACACAGAUGGUGGAGUACCUGGAACUAUUUGGUCUAGAGCAUGUUGGUAUAUUUCGAAUCAGUGGCUCAGUAAACAAAAUCAAGGAACUGAAGCAGAAAUACAAUCAAGGAGAAAAAGUAGACCUUAUUAAUGAUGGAGAUGUUGAUUCUGUGGCCAGUCUCCUGAAACUCUUCCUGAAAGAACUGCCAGUGGCUGUUUUUCCAGACAACAUCUGUUCUGGCUUGCUAAAAGCUUACCAAGAGCACAAAGUCCACACAACAGAAUGCAUAGAGAACCUGAGACAGUUGCUCAGCUGCCUGCCCAAAGCCCAUCAAAACCUUCUUCAGUUCCUGUCUGCAUUCCUGUUAAAGGUGGCAACAUACAGCGCAGUGAAUUUCAUGACUCUGGAAAACUUAGCCAUUGUGUUUGGACCUGCUCUUUUCAAAAUCCCUGUCAGACCUUUGGCUUGUGAAGAACAAAGGCUUUACAACGGCCUCCUGCUGUAUUUGCUUCAACAUCACGAGGUGCUUUUUGUUGACCUGAACCCUUGUUUCUCACAGAGACAAGCAGAUGGCCUUCAGGAAAACAACACAGAAGAUAGAGACACACUCAUGUUAUUAAGCAUUCAAGAUAAUUCCUUCAACACGACAGAUUUAGCAGAGUGUGACGGGGAUUCAGACUCUGUACAUGAAGAUCAAGCAGCCAGUUCCAGCCCCAGAGAUGAUGACAACAAAGAAAAUUAUCCGGACAACGCUGCUGUCUUAGAGGAAAAGCAGCUGCCUUUGCAAGAUACCCAGAAGCACAAGCAGCAGUCUCUCAUUGACUACGCCCUAAAGCCUGAAAUGGGCAACUUAAAGCUAAGAAAACCUAAGCCCAUUGCAAAGCUAGAAAAUGGAAAAAGCCACGAGGAAAGUCAGGAGCUGGAAAGUGCAUUGCCGGGCCUCUCAGAGUGGCAGGGGAAGGCUGGAUCCUCAGCUAAUGACUAUGCACAGAAUGUGGCUUUCAGAUGCCAGGAAGCAGUCGUGAGAUUUCAACCAAGAAUAGAUCAGAACACAUGCAUUUCACCAAAAGAAGCAGCUGAUCAAUUUAACAGCUUAAAUGAGAAUUCUUUGUUGAAGCUGCAAGCCCUCGAAACCGAUCUGUGCUCUGCGUUUCUGCCAACCCAGGAGGAGACUCCUCAGCUGCCGGCACCCAAGGAUCCAGCCCCUUCAUCAGUCCAAACCAGCGCGCAAGCUGAUGGGGCCAGCUGUGGAGAGCCUGUGCCAGCCCACAGGGACUGGCAGAAUGACAUGGAGAGCAGCCCGCAAGAACAUCACCCCCUUGGGACCAGUCGACUGCUGUAUCACAUUACGGAUGGAGACAACCCUCUCUUGUCACCACGCUGCUCUAUCUUUAGCCAAAGCCAGAGAUUUAAUCUAGACACAGAGUCUGCCCCUUCUCCACCAAGUGCUCAGCCUUUCAUGAUGCCAAGAAGUUCUUCUAGAUGUAACUGUGAAGAGUGCAAAGAACCACAAACAAUAGCACAACUUAACAAGCACCUUCAGAGUCUCAAGAGAAAAAUUAGGAAGUAUGAAGAAAAGUUUGAGCAAGAAAAAAAAUACCUGCCUUCACAUGGUGACAAGACUUCCAAUCCUGAAGUUCUGAAAUGGAUGAAUGAUUUGGCCAAAGGUCGUAAGCAGCUCAAAGAGCUGAAACUCAGACUGUCAGAAGAGCAAACCUGUACCUCUAGAGCACCCCAAAGAAAUGAUCAUUGUGAGAACACUGGGACCUCUAAAGAGGCUGCCACACAGGAGGCCACAAGCACAGAACCUGCUCCCUCGGUAGAAGAAACUGUGGACAGUGUAUUGAGACGAUUAAAGGAGAAAAGACAACACUUUAACCUUCCUGAAGCUAUUAAGGAUAUGACAAAAAAGCAAAUGGCUUUGGAAAAAAUCAGUCUUCAGAAAUGUCUACUAUAUGUUGAGAGUAUUCAUGGACGACCUGUAACUAAGCAAGAAAAGAGUCUCAUGAAACCUCUUUAUGACAGAUACAGAAUUAUCAAGAAACUUCUUGCAGCUCCAUCUUUGAUUACAACAAUUCAAGAGGAAGAAGACUCGGAUGAAGACCAUUCUCAGAGCAGCCAUGAGCUAUCAUCUGGUCCACUAUCUUGCCUCCCUGUGGACGAGCACCUGUGCUACUCUCAGGAGGAGAGCGAGCCUGCUUAUGUUUCACCUCUGGAUGAAAAGAAAGUUUUCAGGCAAACAGCCUUGUCUAUGUCCAAUUUACAUGAGGCAACAAUGCCUGUUCUACUUGAACAUCUCAGAGAAACAAGAGCAGAUAAGAAAAGGCUUCGCAAAGCUCUGAGAGAGUUUGAGGAACAAUUCUAUAGACAGACAGGAAGGAGUCCUCAAAAAGAAGAUCGGGUGCCAAUGGCUGAGGAAUACUCUGAAUACAAGCACACAAAAGCCAAAAUCAGGCUCUUGGAGGUUCUCAUCAGUAAGCAUGAUAUUUCCAAAACAAUUUGAAGUGAAUGCACUGCUGUGGUAUUGUUCUCUAGGAAAAAAACAAAACAAAACAAACAGGUAAUGAAAAGCAGGAAGUAAUUUUACAGGUCUUGGUCUGCUGCACAAUUAUUUGACACACUGAGAUUUUUGAUGCACUUUACCAAUUACAGUAGCUGGGAUGAGAGAGGACAGCAAUACGCAAGGAUGUUAAGCACGGGUGAGUGGACUAUAGUAUAUAUUUUUUCCUUUUGAAAAAGCCUUGAAGUGCACUGUGAGAAUGUUAGAAUUUAAAAGGACACUGAAGAAUUGUAGACCUUCAGUUUGACCUGCUCUUAGUUUUAAGAAGUGUGAGGAAAUGCUCUCCAGGUUUUUAGUACAUGAUAAUGUACCACACAUUUCUUUCCAGAAGUAAUAUGCACUAUAAUUAACUAUUAAUAUCGGUUCUCAAUGUGCUGAUUCACUAGAUUAAAAGAAACACGAGCAUAAAACAAAUGAAGGAAAACUCAUGAACACACUCUGCUUUUCAAGACAGAGUUGCCAUUCAUUUCCAGUAGCUUCAAAGAAAGGUGCACACAAAGAAUCAGUGCCAGGAUUUGGUCUAACAUUCUGGGAGUAGAGCAAAGUGACAUUGCCUAUGCAAAAAAAGGACGCAACAUGACUGCCAAACAGAACUAUUGCUUUCUUAGAAAUGAGAGAAAGUGUUUGGCAAAACUAAAUGAAUCAAUUUAUUGAGAAGUGUUAAAUGUAGAGGCUGCUGUCCUUUUGACUCUGGUUCACAGGACCUGGCUCCCAGUACUUAAAAUCCAGUAAAUAGGUCAACUACAUGCUAUUUUACAUUUCUGUAUUAAACCUUGCACUUUAUUUUGCCUGAUGCUAUAACAUUUGCUUUUCUAACUACCAAAGCUCGUUUAGACGCAUGCACUUUGUAAAAUGUCAAAGUAUUUCUUGUGUUAUAAAUUGCCACAUAUAUAUAUAUAUUAAAAUGAGACUAGAUUAUUGCAGUAUGCUAAGUUAUUUUGGAUAGAUAAAGUACAUGGUAUAUAAUUGAGUGUCACAGUUAUCUGAUGAGGAAUGUUAGACUUAUUGUUUACUGAAAAUAAGAUUAUAAAAAAAGAUAUUUUUCCAUUGGAAUUAUGCAUCUUUCUUAACUUUCAGAGCACCACACUUUGUAAUAUUAAGGAGAUUUUUUUCACUAUUUGUGAUAGACCAUUUGUGUGAAAAGUGGACUGUUAACAGAGGGAUUAUCAGUGAUUUUUGUACUAAAAUGAAAAGCAGGGAUUCUGGGAAAAACCUAGCCCAGACAUAAAGGAAGGAAGAAUAAUAAAAGAAAAGGGACUUGAGUAAGUUGAAUCACGUUUAGUGUUUUGCUUUAACUGUCAUUUUGUAUUGACCACGUAGUAUAAGCAACCUGUUUUCUAUCUUGGUAAGACAAUUUUUAUUUUAUAAAGCCUAUUAUGUACCAACCAUGUUUGUAUUUCUAUUGUAUGUAAUGACUUGGCAUGUUUUUGAAGACGUACACAUUUUCAAGUAGUUUGGAGGAAAAAGUAUGAACACUAAAAAAGGAAUUUUUUAUUUCUCAGAGGUUUGCUGUUUCAGUGUACUGACUUAAUAAUUUAUAACGUAACUUUUAUGAAUCAGAAAUGGUCUCCUUCAUAAAUCUGUUUUAAUUAAAGUCAUCUAGAGCAACAGGAACAGAUACAGAGCUAUUUGAAGUUUACAAACUACAUCUUUGAUAAGGGAAAAUGAUUUCAUGACAUAUGUAUACAAUUGAUAUUAAAAUGUAAUCUAUAUAUUCUAUAUGAUUGUAUAAUAUUUUAUACAACAGUACAAAUAAAAUAUUUUUCUAUUAUA